CCGAUGUGAUCACUGAUCACUGAUGUAUCGCAAAUUCACCAGUUUGGUUUGUAGGGUGUGAGCAUUCAUUUAAAGUUGAUUUCCCUAACUCUGUGGACAUUCUGCAUGAAACAGUUAAUUCUCCAGUUGUCAGGCACUGUGGAAGUGAAACCGGAGUUACCAAAUUCUCAUUUCCUUAUUUGCUAGCUUUGUCGCCACAAAUGCCUGACUCGUAAGGUCCUCCAGGGACUAUUGGGGAAAUAUUUAGACUGUGGUGGUGGAAGUGGAUGCCCUCUGCUCUGAAUGAAGUCUAGAUGCAAAAGGCUAUACGAAGAAGACAAAAUCUGGUUUUUGAAGCAAUGGGCAUCCCUCAUUUCCCUUUCCUCCCUGCGGUGAUCAUAUUAUGUUAUUUUAUGUUAGGCCAUUGUGUGGCAUCCCCAAAAAAGACCUCUUGCACUGUCCAAGACGGCAGAGCUGACUGCAGCCGCCUCAGCCUCCAGGCGGUCCCUCCAGAUCUCCCAAGGAACAUCACCAGCCUCGAUAUGUCUCACAACAGAUUGGUGGGGAUUCCCACACCGUCACUAACCCCAUAUCAAGGCCUCCUCCACCUCAAUGUUGGUUUCAACAGUAUCACCAGGCUGGACCAGGGUUUGUGCCAGACACUGUCUCUGCUGCAGACACUGAACGUGGAACACAACGAAGUACAUGUGCUGGAGACUGGGGAUAUCAUCCACUGUACCAAUCUAACGGGGUUGAAUCUGGGUAGCAAUAGGCUGAAGCUAAAAGGAGAACCCUUCCUUGUACUACAGAGCCUGAAAUUUCUUGAUGUUUCACAAAACAAACUGUUGGCUGCCAAGCUUGGCUCUCAGCCUCAGCUACCCAGGCUGGAAAAUCUCAAUUUGGCCUCGAAUAUCUUCACCACUUUGAAGAAAGACGACUUUUUCUUCCUCAACGAUUCAUCUCUGCAAUUCCUCAACCUGUCAUCUGUAUCUCUAAAAACAUUGGAGCCUGGUUGCUUUGAGCCCAUUUCAGGUCUACAUACUUUAAUCAUGGAUAAAAGCAAUAUGGGCACUCUGGUUAUUUCUAAACUGUGCUCCCAGCUGUCAGGAACAGCCAUUAAUGCCCUGUCUCUGCAGAAGAUGAAGCUGGUCACACUCACAAAAACAACAUUUACAGGGCUAGAGAAAACAAAUCUAACCUCUCUGGAUCUGUCCAGUAAUGGCAUGGGUAAAAUUGAAAAUGGCUCAUUUCAGUGGCUGUCCAGACUUCUGACUCUAAUUCUGGCAGACAAUAACAUCAAGCACCUAACAAAGGGCACAUUUGAGGGGCUUAAAAGUUUGAAAAAACUCAGCUUGAGCAAAGCUCUGGUGAAAAGUCAUACCUCCUCCACCCCAAUUAUUGAUGAUUUCUCCUUCCAACCAUUAAGUGCCUUGGAGAGUUUAAUUUUACAGAGAACUUCAGUUCGGGACCUCACAGAAAACACCUUCACAGGCUUGACAAGUCUUAAAGAACUUGACAUGAGCUGGAGCAGUUAUUCAUCACUCAAAAACCUCACCAAAAAGACCCUAGCCUCUCUUGCAGGAUCACCUCUCAGAGUGCUAAAUCUGACAGCAACAGCUAUAGUACAGAUUAAUCCUGGAGCCUUCUGCAAUUUGGGAAACCUCACCACUCUUCUUCUGGAUUUCAAUUUUAUCAAGCAAACUCUCACUGGGAAAGAGUUUGAAGGCCUGGGUCAAAUUCAAGAGAUCCACAUUUCCAAUAAUCGCCAGAGUGUCAACCUAAACUCCACAUCGUUUGUGAAUGUACCCAGUCUUAGGGUUCUGACUUUGGGGAAAAGCCUUACAGUUUCAGCCUUGGACAAGGAUCUCUCUCCAUUCAGAUCCCUAUCCAACCUCACUUUCCUGGAUCUCAGCAACAACAACAUUGCUAACAUGAGAGAGAAUCUGUUGGAUGGGCUUGUUAACCUGAAGGUCCUGAAGCUCCAGCACAAUAACUUAGCUCGGUUGUGGAAGAGUGCCAACCCAGGUGGGCCAGUGUUGUUUCUCAAAGGGACACAGAGCUUGUUAUCCUUACAGCUGGAUAGUAAUGGGCUGGAUGAGAUCCCAGUGGAGGGUCUGAAAGGUUUGAGUAACCUCCAUGACCUAAGUGUGGCCAACAAUCUCCUUAAUAGUCUUAAGGACUCAAUUUUUGAUGAUCUGAACUCACUGAAGGUUUUACGUUUACAGAAGAACUUUAUCACAACUGUGAGGCCUGAAGUGUUCAAAACCCCUAUGAGCAACCUCAGCGUGCUCGUCAUGGACAAAAAUCCAUUUGACUGUACCUGUGAGAGCAUCCUGUGGUUUGUGACAUGGUUGAAUAACACAAAUACAACCAGUGUGCCAGGUCUCAGUGACCAGUAUAAGUGCAACACUCCUCUGGCUUACUUUAACCGCUCCAUCAUGGAUUUUGACACACUUUCUUGCAAAGAUAUGGCCCCAUUCCAGGCCCUUUACAUACUGAGCAGCACAGUCGUUAUCAUGCUGAUUGUAAGUGCACUCCUGGUGCGGUUCCAUGGCUGGAGGAUUCAGUUCUAUUGGAACAUUGUAAUCAAUCGCACAUUAGGAUUUAGUGACGCCACAGUUGAAGAGGGCAGGGAGUUUGAGUAUGACGCCUAUGUCAUACAUGCAGCAGAAGACGCCAGCUGGGUUGGGAAAAGAAUAGCCUCUUUAGGGAAUGAAAACUGCAAGUUUUGUUUGGAGGAUCAGGAUUCAGUCCCUGGCAUGUCACAGCUUGAAUCAAUUCUGGAAAAUAUUAGAAAGUCCAGAAAAAUCCUGUUUGUCAUCACUGAAAGGCUUCUCAGAGAUCCCUGGUGUACACGCUUUACAGCCCAUCAUGCACUUCACCAGGUCAUUGAAGACAGCAGGGACUCUGUGAUUCUGGUCUUCCUGCAGGAUGUGCACGACUACAAGUUAUCUCAAUCUCUCUUCCUCCGCAGGGGCAUGUUGCGCCCAUGCUGCAUCCUCAACUGGCCUGUCCAUAAGGAGAGAGUGCCAGCCUUUCACCAGAAGCUCCUCAUAGCACUCAGCAUGACUAAUCGAUUGCAGCAGUGACUGUUUUUCCUAAGUAAUAAUGCAAAACACCAUUUGUAAUAAAAAAAUUACCAAUGUUAAACAUUUUAAGUAAUUGCUACCGGUUACCAAUUGUUAUACCUUUUGGGUAGAUCAAUUUGGCUUUGCUUUUUACUGUAAAAGUCAUAUUGCAUUGCAGUUACAACUCAGCAAAUGAGAAACGCAGGCAAGCUUGUGUGUGUGUGUGUGUGUGUGUGUGUGUGUGUGUGUGUGUGUGUGUGUGUGUGUGUGUGUGUGUGUGUGUGUGUGUGUGCGUGUGUGUGCGUGUGUGUGUGUGUGUGUGUGUGUGUGUGUGUGUGUGUGUGUGUGCUCAUGCAACAAUAACUAUGGCAUUGUAUGUGUUUUUAUUGCUGUUAUUUGCCUGUUUAAGUAACAUACAGGUGGAGGUACAAAAACAUAAUGUUCUCUUGUAUUGUCGUAACAUUCUGAUAAUCCUUACUUUGUAAUUUACUGCAUAGUAUAAUGUACCAUAUAAAAAUUCUACUGUAGAAUGGAAAUUCAUUGCAAGUGCAGUUUAAUGAUGCAGUCUCUUAAUAAAGGGUUUUUAAAAGGUUGUUCUCUGCAAUGAAAAGAAUAAUAAGUGAAUAAACCCUUAACACAGACUUGUUAUGUGAAGGCGGAACAUUAACUGUUUUAUGUAUAUUUAAGUUGAAAAAGUCUUGUUAUAUUUAUAAUUCCAUUUUAAUUGGUAAGCUUAAUAUAACAGUGAUCAGUGUGGGGAAAUAAAGCUUAAUUUGUUUUUAUGUGGAAAGAGUAAUUCUACUACUCCCCAAAGUCCUAUUUAAUGUUAUGUCAUACUGACAUCUAGUGGUUAUAUUAAGCAACUACGGUAUUUUCUAUGCUUCAAAUGCAAAUUAGAUGUCCCAUUAGUCUUAGUGACACCAUAUCCACAAGUAGGACACUGUUACUAUUU